UUGCGCUGCAGAUGUUCCACGAGGAUUCUUUAAACCCUAAUUUCCACCUGCCGCCCAAAAACCCUACACCAUCCUCCUCCUCCUCCUCCCUCCCUCCAGUCGCUUUUUCGUCUUGCGAUUCUUCAUGCGCCCUGUGGUCAUAUAGCAAGAAGCUAUGCACAAGCUCUGGCGUGGAACCCCCGGCUGGAUUCAGACAGCUGCUGCCCGAGUCCGCCGCCUCUCUCCGAUGCUGUCCCUCCGUCUCCCUUCUCCAAGAUGCGCUUCCGCUCCCGACCGGAGCCUUCUUUCUUGCAAGAAUCCGGCCCCGGCUUCCGUAUUCCCAGAAAAUGGACCCGGUCGCUUCUGGCAAGGUGGAAUGUCGGCUUCGGCUCACGGAUUGCGUGGGGGUUGGGGGAGGGGUUUCAGGUCGGUCGAAGCAUUGAAGAGCCAGAGGAAAGAUGGGGACUUGGAGGAUUUGGUUGAUGAAGAGAGCUCUGAAGUGGAUGAGCAGGAGGAAGGCGGGGUUGUUGGUGGGGAGGAAGUAUCUUUUCUGGGGAUAGGAGAGCGAGAGGAGAAGAGACGGGUUAGAGGUGGUGGUUCUUUGAAUCCUCCCUCAGCACGUAGCCUAGAGCUGUUAGCGAUUCCUGGGGUUGGGCCACGGAAUCAGAGGAAGCUGGUGGAUAAGGGUUUUGAAGGCGUUGAUCAGCUCAAACAACUUUAUGUAGAUAAGGUUGUUGACAAAUCCAGCCAGAAGAUGGUUGAAUAUCUGAAAAGUUCCAUAGGUAUCAUCCAUAAAAGCCAUGCAGAGAGCAUAACCUCUUUUAUCAAAGAAAAAGUGGAAGAAGGGUUAAAAGAUGGUCCUACCGAAUCUAGUGAGAGGCUUCGACUGAAUAAUAGACUUACUUUUUGUGUUGAAGGUAAUAUCAGUGUGGGGAAAACUACUUUCCUUCAAAGAAUUGCUAAUGAAACAAUUGAACUUCGUGAUCUCGUGGAAAUUGUUCCUGAACCUAUUGCCAAGUGGCAAGAUAUUGGUCCUGACCACUUCAAUAUAUUGGAUGCCUUUUAUGCUGAACCACAGAGGUAUGCCUACACCUUUCAGAAUUAUGUAUUUGUAACAAGGAUGAUGCAAGAAAGAGAGUCAGCUAGUGGAAUAAAGCCUCUCAGGCUGAUGGAAAGAAGUGUCUUCACUGAUAGGAUGGUCUUUGUACGAGCUGUUCAUGAAGCAAAAUGGAUGAAUGAGAUGGAAAUUAGCAUCUACGAUUCAUGGUUUGAUCCUGUUGUAUCAUGCCUUCCAGGGCUAGUUCCUGAUGGGUUCAUUUAUCUUAGAGCGAGCCCUGAUACAUGCCACAAGAGAAUGAUUAUGCGUAAGAGAGCAGAGGAACUCAGUGUUAGCUUGGACUACUUGAGGGAUCUACAUGAGAAACAUGAAAGCUGGCUGUUCCCUUCACAACAUGGUAACCAUGGUGUAUUGUCAGUCAGCCAGCUGCCUUUGCAGAUGGAUAAAUCCCUGCAUCCUGAAAUAAGAGAUCGUGUUUUUCUCUUGGAAGGCAAUCACAUGCAUCCAACUAUUCAGAAGGUUCCAGCUCUGGUUCUGGAUUGUGAACCUGACAUUGACUUUAACAGGGACAUUGAAGCUAAACAACAGUAUGCUCGGCAAGUUGCAGAGUUCUUUGAAUUCGUGAAGAAAAAGAAAGAAGCAAAGUCUGCAGAAACUAGCAGUGAUGGUAAGUGGAAAGAUCAGAACAUAGUUCUUCCUCAAAAAGGUGGUCUUUGGAUUCCUCAAGGCACUCACUUCUCUGAAUCUGUUAAAAAAUCGAUGGAGUUCAAUAGAUCCAUGUCCCUCUCUGGUUAGCCACUGGAGUGUGCCUAACUGACUUCUUCCAAUAUGACCAUUUGAUUCAUGAUUUCGAUCCACGGUACGAGGUUUAAGAUUAGCUAGUCGACGCUUCAAAGAUAGAAGCUUCUCUGAUGUAAAUGGUAGAUGUCUCUACUCUGUAGGUUAACUUCUUGUUUACGAAGUUAUCAGUAGUCCAAUUGCUUCGGACACGAACAUGAAUUUAAGAUCGUAGCUGUCGCCUUUGUAAAUUGUUUGAUCGACUCUUAGAUAAUUUGUGUGCUGUUAUUGCUGCAA